GCGUGUUGAACAACGAAAUUCAAACCUGCAAAGUUAAAAAUAUUUUACAAUUAAAUUAAAGAUCGAAAACAAUAUUCAACCGGAUUGAAAUUUGUGAAAGUUUGUCUAAAGUAAUGCAAAUAAAUGAAGUUUGAAGAAAAACUCAUGUAUUCUUCACGUAUCAACUAAAUACAAAGUGAAUUUUAGAAAAUAAUUUAUGAAAUCCGUUAUGAUCUAAAGAUCAGUGAAGUUCCGAAACAAGCAAUUUGGCGGGAAAUUCAUGACUUUUUUUUCAAAGCGGAAGAAAAUUGAAUCCUUUUAAAUAACAAUUAGAGUAAAAUACAUUAAUAUACUUAGAAUGAGUGACUUGAAUCAUCUUCCAUCGUUUCAAAAGAUAGAAAAGAUUGGCGAAGGAACAUAUGGGGUCGUUUACAGAGCGAAACAUAAACAUAAUGGCAUUGACGUAGCACUAAAAAAAAUUCGGUUAGACUGUGAAACAGAAGGAAUUCCGUCUACGGCGAUGAGAGAAAUUUCAUUACUCAAAAAUAUGAAACAUCAUUCAAUUGUGCAACUCUUCGAUGUGAUUGUAGCUGGUGGUUGUAUAUAUAUGGUAUUUGAAUAUCUCGAUAUGGACCUUAAGAAACUUCUUGAUAGAAAGAAGCAAUUAUUAACACCAAAGUUAGUGAAAAGUUAUUUACAUCAACUGCUCGAAGCCAUCGACUAUUGUCACAUGAAUAGGAUCUUGCAUAGAGAUCUUAAGCCUCAAAACCUUCUUCUCGAUUGCAUGGGUCAUAUUAAACUGGCUGAUUUUGGUCUAGCAAGAGUUUUCAAUAUUCCUUUAAGGGCCUACACACAUGAAGUUGUGACUUUGUGGUAUCGUGCACCUGAAAUUCUUCUUGGUUGUAAAAUUUAUUCAACUGGUGUUGACAUUUGGAGUGUUGGCUGUAUUUUUGCUGAACUUAUGAUGCAUCGUCCAUUAUUUCAAGGGGACAGUGAAAUUGAUCAACUUUAUAAAAUAUUUCGGCAAUUUGGAACACCAGAUGAGAAAGUUUGGAAGAAUAUUAACGAAUUGCCGGAUUAUAAGCAAUCAUUCCCUAAAUGGGAUCGUCAAACGUUGCCUCCUCGUAUGUAUGCUUAUCAAGAAAGUAAAGCAUUAGAUUUGUUUUCUAAAAUGGUUAAAUAUGAUCCUGAUGAGAGAAUCUCAGCUAGUAAAUCAUUAAGCCAUCCGUAUUUUGAUAAUGUUGCUCUUGUGCCUGUACAACUCCCCCUUCCACCUGGAACCACUCCAAGUAACACUCAUCAGUUUAUGAAUCUUUGAAAAUAAUAAUAAAAUGUUUCUUACGUUUGACAAAACUUCA